AGAGGAUGACUUUGGGAUGGAAAGGGAGAGUGCAGUUCCAGUUUUUGUUCAUAAACACCAAAGCUCCGCUCCUCACUAUCCCUCACCCCACCUUCUUGGGUUGCAGAGUGGUACAGCAGUAACACCAGUAAAGGGACUAGCACAAAGUCCAAGGACAGGGUCUCCCAUUCCCAACCUUGCCCACACACCCCAUGCUUCUCCCAGCUCUCGUGACUUGGAACUCCACUCUUUGCGGAACCAGGUCCAAGAGAUCCAAGAUAAGUUGAAUGGGGACAUUGUAAGCAGUACAGAAUAUCAGCAGCUAUUCUAUGAGAAGGUGAAACUUGAGGAAACAUUGGGGGCCACAGAACAUGAAUUGCAACAGCUUCAAACUGCAUAUAAUGACUUAGAGACAAAUGCUGCCUUGACUGAGAGGAAUUUAAACUCAGAGCUUAGAGAUAUGAAAGAAAAAUAUCAGGUUAAAGCAGAGAAGCAUAAAGCCACGCUGGAAGAACUAACAAGAUUAACAGACUACCUGAGAGACCUGCCUACCCUGGAUGAGCACCAACAAUUGCAACAGCAGCUAGCCAGAAAAUCUGCCCAAUCUACACAUUUGUCCAGGAAAAUUGACCACCUCACUCGUGAGUUUUAUUCCGACUGACAGUUCUGUUGUAUA